GUGGAAUGGGCAUGAGGUUCUGGACGCUUGCGCAACAUAGGGUAGGCGGGGGGAGCCUGUCACAGCAGUUCUGCGCCCGGCGCGUGCGCACUGGCCGGCCACGGGCUUAGGCGGCGGAGGGAAGAUGGCGGCGGUGGUACAGAAUGUGGUGAAGCUCCUUGGAGAGCAAUACUACAAAGAUGCAAUGGAGCAGUGCCACAACUACAACGCCAGGCUAUGUGCUGAGAGGAGUGUCCGUCUGCCUUUCCUAGAUUCACAGACCGGAGUGGCACAGAGCAACUGCUACAUAUGGAUGGAAAAGCGUCACAGAGGACCAGGUUUAGCUUCUGGCCAGCUCUACUCCUACCCAGCUCGUCGCUGGAGGAAAAAGCGCCGUGCUCACCCUCCUGAGGACCCAAGGCUUUCCUUCCCCUCCAUCAAACCAGAUACUGAUCAGACCUUAAAAAAAGAGGGGCUGAUCUCCCAAGAUGGUAGCAGCCUGGAGGCCCUCUUGAGGACUGACCCCCUGGAGAAACGCAGCCUGCCAGACCUGCGCAAUGAUGAAGACAGCCUGAGCGAGUUCCCUGUCACCAACAGCCGUGCACGGAAGCGGAUCCUUGAACCUGAUGAUUUCCUGGAUGAUCUGGAUGAUGAAGACUAUGAAGAGGAUACACCAAAGCGACGAGGCAAAGGAAAAGCCAAGGGUAAAGGUGUAAGUGGUGCUCGGAAGAAGCUGGAUGCAGCCAUAUUAGAAGAUAGAGAUAAACCUUAUGCCUGUGACAAUAGUUACAAACAAAAGCAUACCUUGAAACCUCCCGACCGAGUCUGUGGAAAGCGUUACAAGAACCGCCCUGGUCUUAGUUACCACUACGCUCACUCCCAUCUGGCUGAGGAGGAGGGGGAGGAUAAGGAAGAUUCACAGCCCCCAACGCCUGUCUCUCAGAGAUCCGAGGAGCAGAAGUCCAAGAAAGGUCCUGAUGGCUUGGCUUUGCCCAACAAUUACUGUGACUUCUGUUUGGGAGACUCAAAAAUCAAUAAGAAGACCGGACACCCAGAGGAGCUGGUGUCCUGUUCAGACUGCGGCCGAUCAGGGCAUCCUUCGUGCCUCCAGUUCACCCCGGUUAUGAUGGCAGCAGUGAAGACAUACCGUUGGCAGUGCAUCGAAUGUAAGUGCUGCAACAUCUGUGGCACUUCAGAGAAUGAUGACCAGCUGCUCUUUUGUGACGAUUGUGAUCGUGGGUAUCACAUGUACUGUCUAACUCCACCGAUGUCAGAACCACCUGAAGGGAGCUGGAGCUGUCACUUGUGUCUGGAUUUGCUGAAGGAGAAAGCCUCGAUCUACCAGAACCAGAACUCCUCUUGAUCCAGUUUUAGAUUGGAGGGCAAAGCGUGGCUCAACAGAGUAACCUCCAGUCAUUCAUUACAUACAGGGCUCUGUUACUUUCUCUCUCUCUCUUUUUAUGGUUUAACUUUUCCUGUGUUUCUUUGAGUUCCUUUUUGUUCAAUUUCUCUCCUUUACAAAGCAGAUUGGAUUCUGCCUGUUACCAGAAGAUCCGUCCUGGCCUGGGGUUAGAAGUGGAUCUGCUUCCCCUGCUAUCCUAGAUGAAGUCUUGUACGCAAGGCUCUCCUUUGGUUGUUGCUGCAUUUCUGCCUCUGUCUAGACGCUGCUCCAAACAUAUAUAGCAUGAACCAAUGCUUGACCCUCACUGAAGGCAAAACCGGUCCCAACAUGCAAAUGACAUGCAACAAACAGGAUUCUCUUCUCUAUGUAGGAGAGAGAAUUGCCUUAUUCAUGCUGGCGAAGGUGUCUCUUGGACUCUGCAGUGCAGAAAGAAACCCCAUAGAAGAAAAGGGGUCUUACAUCCUUGCUUAAAUGGCUCCUAUCCCUGAGUCUGUUUUGCCAUUCAGUGUUACCAAGUUAGCAGCCACCUCCAGAGCUCCUGUCAUCCACGCUCUUAUAAUACAAGUUUGUCUGAGAAAAAUCAACUCGUCAGGUAAAGGGAAGUGGCUCCAGACAUUCUUCGUAUCCCAAAUCCUCCUUCUCUGCUUUCCCUAAUUACUGGGUUUAAGUGAACACAUUUUUCCUAGUGUAGACAGGAAGCAUAUCCCUGGUUAAUAGGAGGGCAUUGAUCACUGAUUUCCUCCUCCUCCUUCCACAAGUUGAAAGCAGUUCAACUGGUAUAGGUCACAAGACCACAGAGCUUUCAACACCACCUGCUAGAGAAUAGAUUCCAGCACCGAUUGGAAGGGAUUCAGUGUGUGGAUGAGGGUAUGGUAUCGUCUGGAUCAAUAUCCCAGUGUAGCAAAGGCCUUUGAUUUCCACCUGAGUCACACCAGUUUAAAUGUGAAGUGACUGGUCUGACUGAGAUCAGUCAAACCCAUAGACCCUGCAGUGUCUGAGCUUGAUGGUGUGUUUACACCUGCCCUGUAAAACUACACUCACAGUUUCAGGUUCUAAUGGUCACACAGGGUUUAAAAUGUCACCCUAGGUUAUUUUGGAAAAGGUCUGCCCCUGCCUCCUUUUCAGACUUCCUUCUAGAGAGGAGAAAGGGGUGGUCCUUAAGAUUCUUCACUGCUGCCUUAACAUAGUUCAGAUGUGUAAGUUGCCCCUUCCCAUGUACAUCCCCUGCACUCAAGCAUCUUAAUGGUGUGUUGCCUAUUUUUUUUAACCUACAAAGCCUAUGGUCCCAGCUUUUGGAGAUGUUGUAGAUUUUCAUAUCGUUAUGAAACUACAGUUGGGGCUUUCAUUGUGGACUCUUACAGUCUCAUACAGUAGCUAGUUGAUUGCCACCCCUGCAAGUGGCUUAAAUCCUCCCAUGCUGUAGCAAUGACAGCACCAUGCCCCUGAUAGGAGGGUGACGGUUUGGGACUAAGGUUAUCAAGCAGAGGCCACUGUGUUUCCAGGAACAAGGUGUGGAUGGACUAGUCUUUUGAUUUGCAGAUUCCUUUGCCACUCCAGUUAAUGUGCCUAUGCAAGGGAGCUGCAUGCCCAAGACAUGGGAGUGCCUGUUCCAGCCAAUGGGUAUGAAUGCAUGCCAGCAGGGACCCAUCUCCCCCUGCUGUGGUGUGUUCCUAAAGGUUAAGCUGGCUUGUUUCAGGACCUUGCUCCGCUCGCCGAUGGAGGAAGAGAAGCCAGUUAAGCCAAUUGUUUUCUCCUCCCAGCUCGCUCCCUUGGAAAAUAAGGAUCCCCCUCCUCGCAAUUUUUGUUUCUGCUCUGCAGGAAUCUCAUCUAAUCAUGUGACUCGGAACCCGCUGGUGACCUUUUAAAGCUCUCCUUGCAUCGCUGUUUUCAGUAGCGGGGUCAAGGUGCAUGGGACGUUUUUUGUUGUACAGCUCUAGUAUAGGAUGAAGCAUCUUCAGAAAGGUGACACACAAGGGUUCUGUUAAAUAAUGUGCCUGUUUUUUCUAACUCGACUUCAAACCUACCUCCAAAAUCCCUUUUUACGUUCUUCCUCACUCACUAGAAACGCAUUUAAAAAAGAAAAAAAAAACACACUUCGCCUGUACAAAAGGGGCUGGAUGGCUCGGGUUGGUGAAGGGGGACAUUCUCGUUCACUGCUAGGUCACUGGUUCAAAUCCAGCCCAUGCUGGUAGCAAUCAGAAGCCAUUACCAGCCAGUGGUGAUUUGGUGGCCCAUAUUAAAUGAGUGUGGUGGGUCUCAAUCCAGUAAAAUACAAAAACGCCAGGUUCAGGGACAUGGUGGCACAAUGAGGAUGCUUGCCAUGAUGUCUCAUGUGGCUAAAAGUAGACUGUCAGUCCAGACCAAUUCUGAGCACUAACUUCAGAUGGAAAUCAUUAAAUAAAAGACCGAACUUCCUCCGCACUUGCACAACAGUGACCUGUCUGCAUUUGUUUGGAAUCCUGUAUCCCACUCAGCUGUGGUUGGAAGCCACCUGGAAAGGGAAGCAUAGCUUUGCCCAUUUCAUUAUCUUAUCCACUCUUAAGAAUGACUGUCCAAGCUGAAAUGGGUGGGGAUUCAAUGCAGGGAGAGGCAGAAGACUGCUUUGCCUCUGAUUUCAUCCGGAGCCUUCUAAUGAAUGGGGCUCGGUCACUAAGCAAAUCUUCCUUGCUUGUUUAACUGGGGAGCUGUUGCCCUAACUGAAACUGGCUGUUCCCCAGUAGCUCUUGCCUGCACUGUAGGGCCCUGAGUGUCUUGUCUUGGACGGACCAUAAUCCCCUGCAAAGUAUCACAUGUGUGUCUUAUCCCACCUACCCCCAAAAUCACCAAAAUGGCUUGUUAAACCUCUCUAUAUUGUCACUUUGGGGUCAGUUAUUUUACUUACAUUUGUAUGUAGCUCUCCUUGCAACAGGAAUUCAACGCUCAGGUCAGAUGUGUCCCCAGUUACAUUGAUUUCCCAUAAGGAAGCACGUUAGGGUUGGAAUGGAGAGUAUUAGAUAGCUAGUUUCUGUGCUUUCACCUUGUAAUGUUUUUCAGGGGAUGGAGUGGGGGAGCAGCUUGAUUUCCUCUACUCUUUAUAAUGCUGCUUCACCCCCCCCUUGGAGGAGAAAUGUCAAAUAGUUCUGAGCAGGGAAAGCCGCCUGCUGCUUAGUUAGUUUUUGUCUUUGACUGACUUUCACAGCUUUUUGCUCUGACUUAGCAAGCUGCCUCCCCCACUCCCACACACACGCACACACGCAAACGCAUUAAUAGCUGAUUGUGUUGAGAAUAGUGGACUUGUGUUUUUCCAUUUCAAUAACCUAGUUAAAUCACAAAGUUUCAGAAGUAUAUUUUGGGUUUGGUUUUUUAAUUUACAGAGUAAAAAACAAGUGGGAAUAUUUUGCUGCUGUUAAGAUUCCUUUAUUCCCCUUUCCUCCUCACUUUAAGUGGAGCCAAGGUGUGUAAUUUUUUAAGGUACUGUAUUAAAAAAACCAUUAGUAAAUAAACAUUUUUACACAGC